AUGGCCGAUGCAAACUUACCCGUACUUGUCCUGUGCCGUCCUGGUACGCAAGCGAACCUCUUGGCCAACAACACCGCUCGACCAGUACGAGGCCGUCAACGAGACGUAAACGCCUCGGGCAAAGCCUCACGCGAGCCCCUCGCCGAGUCCAGCCCCUUCCCCCGUCCAUGGCGAGGCCUGGGCUACGGUCCGGUCACCAUCUGCCACGCCUCCGAGGCCGAGACGAAAACGCCAGCGGCCGUCGCCGAUGACGUCCAAGGUCUGUGGCCGGCUGACGAUGCGGCCUCGCCUUCGUCGUCCCAUGCCGUGUCGGAUCCCAUAUAUCUCGUCGCCGUCCCCCGCAUCCGAACCUCACUGGAACCCACCGCUUCUGCAGUCCUUCCGCAGCACACCCUCCCACCCUUCCAGCCCUCGAGCCCUCCGGCACGAGACCGAUCGGAGAUAGCAAGUGUCGACGAUUCCAUCCAGACCUCUCGCCAUGCAUGCGAGCUUACGGACGCGAACCCCCAGAGACUGCCCAUUCGCAAUGACGCACCACCCACCUACUGUGAGGCGCCGCCCGAGUCGUCCGUCGACGAGGACGCCAACCUUCCGGCUCUCCACCUUCACGCCGUGCCAUCCAGGCGGGCCCUGAUUGUCAAGGUCCAACCGCCUCGUUCGCCCUCGUCCGCCGUCGACCACGUCCCCUGCGACAUCGUCCUCGUCAUCGACGUCUCCGGCAGCAUGGCAGCCGCGGCCCCCAUCCCGGGCGAGAACGGCGCCGAGGACACCGGCCUGUCCGUCCUGGACCUCACCAAGCAUGCCGCCCUCACCAUUGUCGAGACGCUGAACGAAGGAGAUCGUCUCGGCAUCGUCGCCUUUGGCAGCAAAUCCAAGGUCAUGCAGACCCUGGAGACCAUGACCGACUCGUCCAAGGAAAAGGCCCGCGAGAACAUCAAGGCCUUGCAGCCGCAGGAUGCCACCAAUCUGUGGCACGGCAUUCGCGACGGAAUCAACCUCUUUAAAGAGGGAGCAUCUGCCUCGAGGGUGCCAGCCAUCAUGGUUUUGACCGACGGCAUGCCGAACCACAUGUAUGUCCCUUCGCUCCGCCGCCGCCGUCCCCGCACCCGCAAUCUCCCGCCAUGCAUUCGUCAGAGUUCUAACCCGUCGCCCUCCAGGUGCCCUCCCGCCGGUUACAUCCCCAAGUUGCGAACCAUGCGCCCUCUCCCGGCGUCGAUCCAUACCUUCGGCUUCGGCUACCACUUACGAUCUGGCUUGCUCAAAUCCCUGGCCGAAUUUGGCCACGGAAACUACGCAUUCAUCCCCGACGCCGGCAUGAUUGGCACCGUCUUCGUCCAUGCCGUCGCCAACCUGCAGACCACCUUUGCGACCAACGCGAACCUUCUUCUGACCUACCCGCACGACUUGGAACUGGACGAGACGAUGGGGGACUCGGUGGUGCGAGAGGAGCCCGAAAGCGCAGGCGUCAAGGAUGAGAAUCGCAAGGUGCUGCGUAUCCCGUUAGGCAACCUUCAAUACGGCCAGUCGCGCGACGUUUUUCUGCGCCUCCGGAACGUGUCCGAAAAGGACUCCGUGAACUACGACAUGGUGUCGGCUACGCUCGAGUUUGAGAAAAUCACGCUCCAGCCUUCCAUGGACGACGCGAAAUCCUCCCACUUUCCCCUGAAUUUCUGGAACAACGCCGGCAAGGAUCGGGGACGAGGUCGCACUGUGUCGUCGAUUCGCCCGAAACCCUCCCAAGCGGCAGCCGUGUCGGAGGAGGAGAUCUGCUACCACGAAUCGCGCGCUCGCAUCUGCAGCUACCUCUCCUCCUGGUUCCCGCUUGGCUCUGAUGGGGAACACCGUGUCAUUACGAGUGGCAGAGAGGAGAAGAGAAAGGAGCUGACGCGGCUGAUUGAAGAGAUACCGGCACGAAACCAUGGCGACGUCUUGAACAAGUCGCUCAUGGAGGAUCUCGUUGGCGCCGAACCCAAGGGCCAGAUCUCUCUUGCCAUCAACAAGGACGAAUACUUCAACAAAUGGGGUGUCCACUUCCUUCCCUCCUACCACAACGCCCACGCACGCCAGAUUUGCAACUCGUUCAAGGAUUCCGGUCCGCUCCAGUACGGUGUCGACAGUCCUCUCUUCAACUCCUGUCGCGACCGACUUGACGAUGCCUUUGAUCAUCUUCCCGCACCCGAGCCGAGCUUGACCAUGCCUGCCAUGCGCGGUUAUUCCGCUACCGGUGGCUCUGGCCAAUGCCCUGGAUCCGGCUUCGUGGCCCCCAAGAAGAUAUCGAUGAGCCGCUACCACGACGCCUCAGGCGUGUGUUUUGCCGCCUCCACCAACGUCGAGCUGGCAUCGGGAAGGACGGUGCAGAUUCGGCAGCUAAAGCAAGGCAUGAAGGUUCGAACCCUUGCCGGCCCGAGAAAGGUGGCCUUUGUCCUGAAGACGGCGGUCCGUGGGGAGAUGCUCUGCCGAGCGGGUUCCGUCGCCGUCACACCGUGGCACCCGAUCUCGGUCGACGGAACUUCAUGGACAUUCCCAGCGUACGUGGCGACGGGAAAGUUGCGCUACACCGGAUCUGUGUACUCCAUCAUGCUCCAGCGCGAUGGAAAUGCCAAGGCGCACUCGAUGCGCCUCGGUGGUUGCUGGGGCGUCACGCUGGGGCAUGGCCUCACCAGCGGCGCCGACACGCGAGCGCAUGCCUUCUUUGGCGACUACAACCUGGUCGGAAAGAGCCUGGUUGGUCUCAGUCCCGACCGGCACGGAGUUGUCGCCGGCAGGGGCGUGAGGCGGGAUGCCGGAACGGGACUUGUCGUCGGCUUCAAGGGAAUGAAGUUGAACGCAGCUGCGGAGGGCGGUGCUUCGGCGGUGGCGCCAUCUCGAAGCGAGCCUUACGCUGCCUGA